GACUGUAAAUUAAAAUGUGUGUUGAAAUUUGUUUGAUACCCAAAAAGUUUCUUUGCGUCUUCUCUCUGAAGUGCGGAGCUUAUGCGGUCGGAAUUUGGAUGUCUUGUUUCAUGUUCAUGGUGGCCAUAACAGUGCUCGUUGAAAGUAUAAACUAUUGUUGGGAUUUUCCUGGCUUGAGGUGGUACUGUAUUGAUACCACCUUUUUUUUGUCUGCUGUGGUGACUGUGAUCGAUAGCAUAUAUCUAAUGUUGGUUAACUUGUGCCUGAUAUGGGGAAUUUACAAAGAUAAAGUGAGAAUACUGCUGUGCUGGUUAGCGUUGACCACCUUCGGACUCGUACACGUUUUCGUCAUCAUGGUGACAGCCCCGAGCUUACUCCACUACGGGUUUACAGGACCUAAUCAUUUUAUCUGGAUUGUAUGCCUGAUCAUAGCUGUGGUUGCUAUCGUUAUGGGGAUCUACUCGUUGCUUGUUGUCUACGCCUACUAUUUGGAGUUGAAACAGCUCAAGACUGAGGGGACGAACGAAACUCGCUGAGCAAUGAAAGUAAUACA